AGAAGAGACGACCAAUGACGACCCAGCAGGGAAGUAUGAGCAGCAUUGAUCUGGUUGUCAUCUGUCCAGUGUUUGGUCUUUUUUAAAAUCGGUAUAUUCUCUACUGUAACCUUCAGUGGGUGAUCUUUAUGACUGCAGAGAGACACCAUGUUCCCAGCCAAGCUAGCUUUGAGCACUCUGAAAAGGAUCCACCAUGGAGCUUGUUAUCGAUGUCUUUCUACCUGCUUCGUCCAGAAGGAACGGAUAAAGGCUGGAGAUGGGCCCCACUCAGACUCCCGUGUGUGGAAGAGAAAGCCUAAGAACCAAUCUGCAAUCUGGUCAUCAAUAAGACUUCUUGAAACACAGCAAAACGGGAGAAGACCGUUCAGUUUAUCAGCUGCUACUAUAGUAAAUUCAGCACCAGUACACGUCCAACCGUACCUCCGGCUGAUGAGGCUGGACAAACCUAUAGGGACAUGGCUGCUGUACCUCCCCUGCACAUGGAGCAUUGCUCUGGCUGCUAACCCUGGAUGCUUCCCAGAUCUGGGCAUGCUCACACUGUUUGGUACAGGUGCUCUUCUCAUGAGAGGGGCCGGCUGCACCAUCAAUGACAUGUGGGACAAAGACUUUGACAAAAAAGUGUCCCGCACAGCCUCUCGACCAAUCGCAUCAGGAGAGAUUUCUCAAAUGCAGGCGCUGGUCUUCCUGGGAGGGCAGCUCUCGCUUGCACUUGGGGUUCUUUUGUGUCUCAACUAUUACAGUAUAGCUCUGGGUGCUGCUUCUUUAUCUCUUGUUAUCACCUACCCGCUGAUGAAGAGGUUCACUUACUGGCCACAGUUUGUGUUGGGACUCACUUUUAACUGGGGUGCUCUGCUCGGCUGGUCCGCUAUUAAAGGCUCUUGUGAUUGGUCCGUGUGUCUCCCGCUAUACUUCUCAGGAGUGAUGUGGACGCUGGUAUAUGACACAAUAUACGCACAUCAGGAUAAGGAGGAUGACAUCAAAGUAGGAGUCAAAUCUACUGCACUGAGGUUCCAGGAGCAAACCAAACCCUGGCUGAGUGGCUUCGCUGUGGCCAUGAUGUCUGGACUGGUGAUAGCUGGAGUCAAUGCUGAACAGACUCUCCCUUACUAUGCUGUACUAACCGGUGUGGCAUUGCACCUGACACACCAGAUUUACACAUUAGACAUCAACAAAACAGAAGACUGCUGGAAAAAGUUUGUUUCAAACAGAAACCUUGGACUGUUGUUAUUUUUAGGUAUUGUUGCCGGGAAUUUGUGGAAAGAAUAACGACAGACUUUGAAGAAAUGAACAAGCCUUCAUAUAAUUAGUGGAGACGAUGUUUUAUUACAUUUGUGUGUUUUGUUUUUUAUGAGAAGUACUCGUUUAACAACCUAUGUAUUUUCAUAAAUGCCAGUAAAUCUAAAUUGAAAUUGC